GUUAAUACAUAUUGUUUGUUUCUGAAGGAAAUUAUUUUGACUGUUAUACUGUUUGUAUGUCAGUCCAUGAGGAAAAGGUAUUAUGUUAAUUGUGUGAUUCUCACUGUUUGGUUUAAUCUGCAAAAGGGCGCAAGGCAUGGGGCUCUCUCUAUAUAUGUACUGUAAUAGGGGUCUAAGUAGUCUGGGUUUUUAUAGAAGAAUGAAUUUCUGUGGGCCUGUGAUGUUGAAACAGUGAUUAUGAAAGGGACUUUUGGUUAGGAGCAUUUCCAUUUGAAAAGGAAAUUUUGAAUUCAUUGCACACCCUUACAGAAAUUUGGGUUUUUUCUCCCCCUUCUUUUUCUGGGUCCUGGUUUUCUAGUUGUCUCUUUCACAUUUCAUUAUCCAUAAACACUAGUUUUCUACUGAUUGAACUAUGCACCAUUGAUAUUUUCUUUUCUUUUUUGCUGCCCCACCCCAUCAUUUAUUACAUUUUUUUUUGGCUCAUAAGAUAUUUUUCAUGAUAUAUCUAAUUAAAGGUUUUGCCUUUUUCAUUAAUAGGCCCUGAAUUUUUCCCGAAAUCCUACUCCUAUUGUGGAGCAAAUCACCAUUGAAUUCCUCACCUUCUCCUCCUCCUCCUCUUUGUUUUGUGGUCUUUGAGGUGGUUGUCUCUGGCUCUUUGUGGGUCAAUUUGAUUCUUUGGGGAGUGUUUUGGUUGAUUCUAUUUUCUCACCUCUGUUCUGUAACAUCUGGUCCCUGCACCUGCAUCCCUUGAAAAAGAAUUGUUAUCAUAUGGAUCUUGAACUAAACAAUUCCUGUCCGUCAAUUAACUAGUUGGUAUUGACAUCUUUUACUGAAAUUAUUUACAUCCAAAUUCCAAGAUAUGGUAUAGAAAAUAAGGGCUCCUUUUGCAUCCAUGUAGAACUCCUCCAGAAUAAGGUUGAAAGGAUAAUAUAGAAAUUUGAAGGAAAUUUUUCAUUCAUCUUCUGUGCAUUCAUUUAUGGAAUUGGGGAUUGAUUUUGUUGUAGAUUUCCGAUAAGUUGUGUAGAUUUCCUUUCCUGUCUCUCCUUUCAAGCUGCCUCCUGUGGAUGAAACCCUUCUGGACAGAUUUGAACAAGGCUAGAUGACGACAGAAGAGACGAGCAGUAGCUCCUUGUGGAGUUGGGAGCAGGAGAAAGCAUUUGAGAAUGCCCUUGCAAUUCAUCCUGAGGAUUCCAAGGAUCUGUGGGAGGAGAUUGCAGCUGCUGUACCAGGGAAAACCGUUGCAGAGAUCAAACAUCAUUAUGAGCUUUUAGUUGAAGAUAUUAAUGGGAUUGAAUCUGGGCGUAUUUCUCUGACUUCCUAUACUUCUUCUUCAGAGGGUUCAACAGACCAGACAGCUGAGGCUGGGACUAGUAAAAAGGGAAGCCACUAUAGCCUAUUUCAUAAUGAAUCUAAUCAUGGAGGGAAGACAUCAAGGUCCGAUCAAGAACGACGCAAGGGAAUAGCUUGGACUGAGGAAGAGCACAGGUUAUUUCUUCUUGGAUUGGAUAAAUAUGGAAAAGGCGAUUGGCGGAGCAUAUCUCGAAACUUUGUGGUGUCUAGAACACCUACACAGGUGGCCAGUCAUGCACAAAAAUAUUUUAUUCGCCUAAACUCAAUGAACAGAGACAGGAGAAGAUCAAGCAUCCAUGACAUUACAAAUGUGGGGAGUGGAGACAUAUCAGCACCCCAAGGUCCGAUCACUGGUCAAACAAAUGGGUCUAGUGCAGCGGAUUCAGGUGAAUCUUCCCUAACACCACCUCAAGCCCCAGCUAGUGCUCCUGGAGUUGGUGUAUAUGGUACUACCAUAGGCCAACCGAUUGGUGGACACAUCAUUUCAGCAGUUGGCACUCCUUUAAGUCUUCCUGGCCCUCCACAUAUGGCAUAUGGUGUGCGACCUCCAGUACCUGGGCCUAUUGUUCCUGGUGCACCAAUGAACAUGGCUCCAAUGACAUACCCAAUGCCACAUACAUCAGCUCAUAGGUGAUUACUUUUGCAGUUACCCAGUGUAUAAAAGAAAGAGAAAUGGCAACUCGUGAUGGGUCCUCUGCUUAGGGCAGAACAGCGUAGCCUAAGUUGCAAGCAAAUGCUAUUUGGUGCCAUUGUGAGUAUAUUCUUAGUCUAGACUUAGGCUUAUUGUGCUGGAAAUUUUCCAUAGGAAAGGAAUUACAUGUACAUGUAUAGAAAAAUUUGGAAGUAAGUGGAUGGUUAUUUCUCUUGUUCAUUACCAUUAGUAUUAGUGUUAGGUGCCAAGACAAAGCAAGGUGUAAAGAACCCAAUUCAUAUCUGACUUAUUCCAGUGGUAAACAAUGCGUACUAUGUUAUGCGUUGCAA